AAAAAGUUUUUAAAAAACAAACUGAAUUUUGUAUUGUUUGUUGAGCUGAUCAAGUUUUAUUCUAUUUUAAGCAUAAAUCGGUGAGAUAAGUGCAGCAUAUUUAUUUUAAAUUGAACAUAUAUCGUGUCCUCAUCAGUUAAUGUAAUUUUUGAGUGAAUAAUUGCUUGUUUGAGUGAGAAAAUUGAAAAAAUAUUUAAAACAUGGCAAGCAAUUUUGUAAUUUUUGAGGAUCAGGAGAAUUUUAAUGAAAAGAAGGCAUUAGAUCCUUCUGAAAUAAGACGUGAACGUACAAAGUUGGCACCGCUCACGAAUAAAGUUGGAAGUAAUGAGAAUGGAAUCGAAAAACAGACAUUAAAAACAACCAAGACAAAUGAUGGCGCGCGUGCAUUCAAAGACAAGAAUGUCUUUCAACAAACAAAUGACUUUAAAGGGAAAAUUAAGACAUUGAAGGAAGAACAAUUUAUUGGGGACGAUUCGAUCAUUAAUGUUACAAGUAAUAUCUCAUGGACAUCAACAUCUACUUCCUGUCUCGAAACAUCAGCAUCCUUCACAUACAGAAAGGAAACACAAGAUGAUCAAUUGGCAACUCCAAUGUCAGUUGCUGAGGCUAUUGGAACUCCAAUGUCAGUUGACAAGACAUCACUGGAAGACGAUCAGAAGUCAUUAGCUAUCAAGAAUGACCGUGAACGCUUUUUUGAAGUCGCUGAAUAUCAAAAGGAUAUUUUAAAGUACCUGAAAGUAGUUGAGAAUCAGAAGAACAUUCGUCCUCGUGCAGACUACAUAAACAGGCAACCAGAUAUUAAUGACUCGAUGAGGAUGAUUCUUAUUGACUGGCUUGUUGAAGUCAGCGAAGAGUAUAAACUUCAUAGCGAAACUUUGUGUCUUGCUGUUCACUAUAUUGACCGUUUCUUGAGCUACAUGUCUGUUGUUCGUGCUAAGUUACAGCUGGUUGGAACAACAGCUAUGUUCAUUGCUUCAAAAUACGAAGAGAUUUAUCCACCAGAGAUCGGUGAAUUUGUAUACAUUACUGACGAUACUUAUACGAAGCAGCAAGUCUUGCGAAUGGAAAAGUUAUUACUCAAAGUUUUGACAUUCGACUUGAGUGCGCCAUCCACGUUGUGCUACAUCAAUUUAUUUGGAUCAAUGAUGAACAUUCCUGAAAAGAUCAAGUUCAUGGCACAGUAUUUGUGUGAAUUGUCCUUAUUGCGUGCUGUGCCAUUUUUAAACUACACACCAUCACAAACAUCGUCAGCUGCUAUUGCCCUUUCAUACUACAACUACGGUAGCUCAAUUUGGAACAAGAAAAUGCAAAACACAUUCGGAUAUGAAUUUGAUGAGUUAAAGGAAGUAAUUGGUCAUCUUAAUGACAUUCAUUUAGAUGCUGAGACAUUGACACAACAGGCAAUUCAGGAGAAGUUUAAAUCAAGUAAAUACUUGCAAGUAUCAUUAGUCAAACCAAAAAAAUUGAGUGUCGAGGAGCUAGACGAAAUCUCAUCAAAGUUUAAUGCUGGUGAUGAAUUGAACACGACGGCCGAGAAUAUUGAGAGUGUGAGGCAAAAGACAGAACUUCUCUUUAAUUAACGACAACCUGGAUAGAAUCGACAAUAAAUUCUAUCUGUCUUUUGUUCUUACUUCCUUCUCUCUUUCUCUCUCUCUCUUUCUCUUUUAUCGAACAAAACACAAAACGCACAGCAAAAGUUCACAAAAAACUUCUUUAUUUAUGAAUAAUUUAAUUUUUUUUUUUGAUUUGAUAUAUUUUCUAUAGCUAUGCUCGUUAUGUGCUGAACGAAUAAUGCAAGAAAAUAUUGUGUACGGCAUGUAAUUUGUCUUACCAAAACUCAACUCGUUUUUAUUAUCUUUUUGCUAAGUACUUUAUUAUCCCAUUUUACUUCCUCUUUUUAAUUUAAAUUAAGGAAACAUUCUCAUAAUAUAAUCUUAAGAUUUAGUUUAAAUUUAAUGGAAUCUGAAGAAAAAAAAAGUCAAUACAUUGCCACCCCUUGCUAGAAAAAUCAUCAGAUGCAUUUUAAUACUUUUUUUAAGCCAUUAACUUAUCUCUUUUAAAAGACAUUUUUAAUGAAAAAGAAAGAAAACUUUUAGUUCAAAAAAUUAAGGAAAAGCGAGACAAAUCAUCUAGUUAAUUACGUUAAUAAUGAUAAUUAUGUUCUUAUUCUCUUCGAUAUGACAAUUUCUCAAUAAGUAGAUUAAUGAUUAAGAUUUGGUCUUAAAAAUGAAUAAAAUUAUGUUUUGU